AUGGCCUUAAGGGCACUUACACGCUCUUUGGGCUCCCUCAGCCUAGCACCCCCGGUCCCCGCCACCUCCGCCUCGAGCCUUCUCCCCGCAGUCCAGGUGAUAAGCAAUGCCAAUGCCCUCCUCCAGACACCUACUGCUUCAACAUUGCUCCCUUUCCGCCCAUUCCUCACCUUCACGACCCUUAAUGCCAAAUUUGUAUCCUGGAAGAGUCGUACCAAGUACACCGUUAAACCAGUGAAAAUGAGGAAAUCUGGGGGCCGAAACCACACAGGCCGCAUCCAAGUGCAUGGCAUUGGCGGGGGCCAUAAGCAGUGUUACCGAAUGAUUGACUUUCUGCGAUUCCGGCCCGAGCAGGAAACCAAGCCAGGACCUUUUGAGGAGAAGGUCAUUGUUGUCCGCUAUGAUCCCUGUAGGUCAGCAGACAUAGCUUUGGUUGCUGGAGGCAGCCGGAAACGCUGGAUCAUUGCCACAGAAAACAUGAAAGCUGGAGAUGUCAUCCUCAACUCUGACCACAUAGGCCGGAUAGCAGUUGCUGCGCGGGAAGGAGAUGCACAUCCUCUUGGAGCCCUGCCAGUGGGUACCCUCAUCAACAAUGUGGAGAGUGAGCCAGGCCGUGGGGCCCAGUAUAUCAGAGCUGCAGGGACGUGUGGUGUGCUGCUUCGGAAAGUAAAUGGGACAGCCAUCAUCCAGCUGCCUUCUAAGAGGCAGAUGCAGGUGCUGGAAACAUGCACAGCAACAGUGGGCCGAGUAUCCAACAUUGACCAUAACAAGCGAGUCAUUGGCAAGGCUGGGCGGAACCGCUGGCUGGGCAAGAGGCCUUCCAGUGGGCUGUGGCACCGCAAGGGGGGGACGGCCGGCCGAAAGAUUCGGCCCCUGCCCCCCAUGAAGAGCUAUGUGAACCUGCCCUCAGUUGCUGCACAAAGCUGAUUUAUCUUGGGACUCUAAUAAAAU